GAUGGUUCUAGAAGAUGUCGUUUCUGGCGAAAUACCCGAGUCGGUUGGGGAUCUGGCAAAGCUGUCGAUCAUAGUGAUAAGAGGCACUGGUAGCCGGAGUGCCAACUAUGGCCUAACUGGUGCUAUUCCAGAGUCCAUCAGCCAGCUGACGGGCCUUGUUGAGCUGGACAACGGUUACCAGCCUUUUUCUAUUUCAGAGCCCAUCAGUCAGCUAAUCAACCUUGCUGAGCUAGAGUUGUCCAACGUUGAGCUCACUGACAGCGUUCCGCCAGCGCUCAUCACUCUGACACACCUCACCCGCAUAAUCAUAAGAGGCAACAGUGAAUAUUACCAGUCUUACUACUCCCAGUCUUUCUCUUUAACGCAGGAUCUCUCGUCCAACAGUAUCACUGGCUCCAUUCCCAGCAGCAUCACCUCGCUCACUCAACUCGUUUUUCUAAAUAUAGGCGGGAAUCUCUUGGAUGGAUCCAUUCCAGACUCUCUUGACUCGAUGGUCGUGUUGAUGAAUCUAAAUAUGAGUGGAAACCACUUGAAAGGGUCCAUUCCAACUACUCUUGGCAGCAUGGGCAGCUUGAAGUUUCUGUACAUGAAUGAUAACCAGCUCACUGGGAGCAUUCCGGGCUUCAUCAACCCAAUGAAUCUGACUGAACUGUACGUACAUGUCUGUAUUUUGUUAUUCCACAAGCACGAUCUCAAAGGACGUCAUGCAAGUGCAUUGUUACAAGUGAAACAGCAGUCAUAACUUGGAGACUGAGAGCACCUGGCAUACAUGCAUACACACACACACGCACACACGCAUGCAUGCAUGCAUUCCUUUGUAGUGUCCACAAGUAAGGACGAACGGUUAUCAGGUUUGAGUACUAUUGCAAGCUAAGUCUUGUCAGGAACAACAUGCUCAUCAGUGUAUCAUUCAAUCUGCCGCACGUACGAGCAUGUAAUUAAUGUAUAAUCGCUGGUGUACAUUAUGUGCACGUCGAAAUGGCCAUAUGUCAUAGCAAAUGCUCCGAGAAGAUGCUGGAACUGGUUGCCUUUUGGCCCUUGAGUGCAGGCUCCUCAUAUUCGACUGGGCGUUGUCAGCUUUGCCACGAUGUCAAGAUUGUAAUGUUGUAUAUUGUCCUUAUUGCACGCUGUGCUUCCUCCUACUGGUUAUACUCUUUCUCUCGCUACAUAUGGUCGUUGUUCUUCUCCUGUCCAUCAGGGUGUUGAGUGGGAAUCAGCUGAGCGGCCUCAUCCCCCCUCUAUUCAUUCCUGCGAACAGCUUCAACGUCUGUGGCUCGACAACAAUUCGCUGAGCGGGAUCCUUCCAUACUCUCUUGAGGUCAUGUCUCAGCUUACCUCCUUGAGAAUCAAUGACACGAGCCUCAACGGAACGUUGCCAACGUUUCUUGGGAGUUUCAGUUCCCUCGAUUCACUUGUGCUGGGAGAUGUUGAAGAUGGUAGGUAGGUAUGGCUACGGGUAGGAGCACAUCGCAAAAAUAUUGUGUGCAAAAUGUGUCUGAAAAGUGUCUAGACUAACACAAACCGGUCACUUUUCAAAGCACCCUGCAGUGUCUCUGUUGGGUCUUGGUGUGUCACACAGAACGAACACAAAUUGAACACUUUUUCUGGAUCCGAAAUGUGUCCGAAAUGACUCUUGCCUGAAUAACAUUUCUACAUUGCCCGUUCAUUCGCUACACCAUUCAAUACACGCAAAAUGUUCAUGAAACUCUUACUUAUAAGCAAUGUUAUUACAAACCAAGGCGUACGAAAAAUACAAUUACAACAAAGCGGCUAACUACUAGUGCAGAAGCACAAAGAGCUCAUUUGUCAGCCAUAUUAUGCCAAUGCCAAGGGCUUCAAACAACAUCACCUGCGUGCAAAACAGAAGUACGUGACAUUAGGCCAAGGUGCAAAACGCCGAUUUUUUUUAACAAUCCCGUGUAGACAUGAGCAACGAGGCGAGCAACGAGACGAGGUGCAUUGGGAGGCAAAUAGGUCUGUAGGGCGACCAUUAGAGCCACUCCAAGCACGC